CUGCCAGAAGGAAGGAAGGGCCACCGCGAGGGCUGCGACGUCGCUGGAGCGCACUAGGUGCGGUCGGGGGAAACCCCUCGGGCGGACCGCGCGGCUCGCCGGGAGCUGUAGUCCUUCCCGCUUCUCUCGGACGCAGUAGGACGCAGGCACCGCUCCCCGCAGCUACCAGCAGCACAAUCCCCAGUCCCGUGCGGGGUCCUUCGGUCCUGCGGGCGCACUGGGGAACGUCACGCGCCCCUCGUGGGAGAGGUUAGGCGUCUAUAGCAAGCCUGUAGCACAGCAAGCCGGCAGGAAAACACUGGCCCCACCAGAGAGUAGAAGGAGCGCAGUUCGAAGCCUCUGCUCUCCUUGGCUUUUCCCUUAGCUAUGCCUGCUCGCCGCCUCGGCGUGGUUUCUUUCCAUAUGUGGUUCAGGCGGCGCCUCAGGCAGCCCUGCGCUGCAGCGAGGGGCGGGGCGGGCCAGGGCGGGGCGGUGUCCUGGCCGGGUAGCGUCGCGCUCGGGGGCCGCGCCGGGUCGCGUUUUCCUCUAGUGCCUGAGGCGGCUCUGGCUCGGAGCGCCUUUCGCCGGCCCCACGGGGACCUCUGUGCACGGAUGGACCCGCCUGGACCUGGCGGGAAGCGGCCCGGCAGGCGGCGGCCCCGGCGGCGUCAGCAGAGGCAGGGCAGGGCCGGGGUCGCGGGUCCUUGAAGCGCGCGGGCCCAACGGGCCCGGCGGCGGCACCAUGAUGCCGGGCGAGACCCACUCCACGGCGCCCGGGACGGCGGCGGACCUUUCGCGGUGUCAGGGCUGCGCCUCCCUGCAGCAGAAUUUAAAUGAAUAUGUUGAAGCAUUAAUUACCUUGAAGCAAAAAAUUAUUAAUACAGAUAAUUUGUUAACAGAGUAUCAGAAGAAAUGUGAUGAGCUGCAGUUUGCAAGAAGAGAGAAUAGUACUCUGCAUCACCAGGUGGAACAGAUGCUUCAAAAAAUUUCUCCUCUUCAGAAAUGUCAGGAAGAACUGGGGUCUUUAAAGGCAGAACUAGAAGAAAAAAAGAGCUCUUUAAAGUUGUAUCAGGAUACUCAUCAAGAAUAUGCUCGUGUAAAAGAAGAAUGCUUGAAAACUGAUGCUCAGAAGAAGAAACUAGAAGCUAAGGUGAAGAAGCUGGAAGAGGCCGCUGUCAAGCAAAUUCAGGACUUCAAACAACUGAGGAAUGAAAAGAAAAUACUUGAAAAGGAAUUUAAGAAGACGCAGGAAAGGCUUGAUGAAUUUUCCAAACAGAAAAAUGAAAAGGAGUUGAGACAUAUUGGAACACAAAUUUCAAGUGAUUCUUAUGGAAGCAUAGAUAAAAGAAGAGUAAAACUACUUCUGAAGGAACUCUGGCUCUGUAUAAAUACAACCCACAGACUCCCUGGCGAGGGCAGCCGGUGUGUCCCAGAAAAACCUGCCAUAGAAAACCCCGCAUCCAGAGAGCCCAGGGAGGAUGGUGUGCCCUGUCCGGUUGGAGCCAGUCCACCCGGCACCUCGGCCGUACAGACGUGCCUGGCAGAACUGUCCAUGGAGAUAGAGGGCGACUUCCCCACAUGGCAGCGUGUGGGCAGAGAGAGGCCUGGCACGGCAGCUUUCCAUGGUGACCGUGUGUUUAAUGAGGACCGGAACCCCGAGGUUUCAGCGCGGAAGGAAGAUGAUGGCAGUGCUGCCAUCUCUGAUCACGGUCAUUCUUUUGAUGAUGAUCUUCAGGCUGCAGUUGACUUCUUCAAACUUCCCCCUCCUCUUUUGUCUCCAGUGCCCUCUCCCCCUCUGGCGGCUUUUGCACACCUGGGGCCAUUGCCGUCUUCUCUUGCCCCCGAAACCUAUUUUGGAGAGUGUACAGAUUCCAGUGAUAAUGACUGGUUCCAGCAUAGAAAUUCUGCUGAGACUGUUUCAGAAGAUGAUACACCUGAAUCACAAAAUUAUUUUGGCUCAACCAUUAAUAAAAGUAAAGGAAGUGAUGCACAGGAGGAAAUGCUCACAUCACAGGAAGCCACCCGAGCUCUAAGCACAUUGGAAGGAAAUGGAGUGAUGACUGUUGGUUUUGGGACGUUUACAGCAACAUUCAGAGAACCUUUGACCACAUACUCCUUAGCCAGUGAGAAACACUGGCCUUUGUCGUCCAAAUUCAUGGGUGAUGGAGAAAGGGGCCUUUUAGAGGAGGCCAAAAGACAGACAGAGAACUGGGAGAUGGAUGAGUCAGCGCAAACUGAGAAAACACUUCACAAGCCCCUGGGGAAUGUGUAUGCCAAGCUUUCUGGCAGCCAAGCACAGGAAGAGGGGGUAGCCCCCAGGAAGUCGUACUGGUGUUACUCCCCUCUCAGCAAGAGGCCAUUCAGUGAACUUAUGGAGGCCGAAGGAAAAGUCCUCUUAUCCAAAAUGAUGGGAUCACCCAGAUCACAGUUUACUAAGUGGACACUAACUAAUGAAAUCACCUCUGAAUCAGGUCACAGAUCAAUUCCUGACCAUUUUCAAGGGAUAAUUAGAGAAUUGGAAAAGAAAAGAGAAGACACUCAAGGGUUCACUUUAGGAGAAUCACCCGAGCCAGGAGAAGAUACAGGUGAUUCAGCGGAUGCCGCAGGGCCAGGUGAGGAUGCCAGGCUUUCCUCUUCUUCUACCUCAGGAGCAUCGUCUUCCUGCAGUAACCACCAGGCUUCCUCUGGGUUAAAGUGCGUUGCGGACACACGCAUUCCUGCUAAAGGGGGCCUUACUGAGCUGCGUCAUUCAGAACAACAGUUACAAGCUCAUACUUUAAACACGUUUGACCUGCAGUCUGAGCCACCAGAGUGUUCUGCAGGGCAAGGUGACCUGGAGACCAGCUUGCCAGCACUGAGCCCUGAAUUGGGAGCCUCUGACUUAAGUGAUCAGGGCAGCAGUGAGGCCAAAAGUGCAGACGUAAAAGGCGUGACCCAAGUCCGUUCACUUCCUCAGUCAAUAUUUAUGAAAGCUGUGAAAGAUGGACAAUGUGGAAGUCAGGAUCCAAGGAUUGAGCUCAUCCAAAGUCAGUCAGAUGCCACCUUAUCAGUGUCAGUAGAAUCUCAGUCUGGCUUGAUCAGGAGUGAUUUUGGCUUCAGUAAUAGCACUUUAUGGGACCGUAGUGAUCUGAUAAGGAGAGGUGGUGAAGAAAGGCUUAGUGCUCAAUCAGACCAUGAACCAAAGACUAACCGUCAGUUACAAAAGUCAACACCAUUCUUAGGAGAUAGAGGAUCAGUGUCUAAGCGAGAACUCACUGGGAAGAAUAAUCCCAUGAGACACAAGGCUGCUGCCUCACCGCUGCCUAACCAAGUGUCAGUUAUCACCAAGCAGGCCAGACCUGAAAGCACACCCAGCACUUGGUCGGAGCCCUGGAGGCUGCGGAGGGGCGAGCCUGCCUCAGCAGCAGAGCAUGCUGGGAACGGGGCUGGUCUUGCGUCAGCUCCGGCAGGAGGUGGAGAGAGAGAGGGCAGCUCACGGGAAAGAGAGGGGGUGGCUGCUAUGAAAAGAACGUCUCCAGAAGUUCCCACCUUGUGGGGAAAACUGGAUUUCAGUUUUCCAGGUGGUUCUUUACCAGUAGAAAAUUGUUAUCAUCCUGCAAAUCGUAAAUUAACUUUCCCUUCUGAACACAUCCCAGUCCAAAGCCAGGCUGCGGUGACAGAUGCUGUGGUGCAUGAGCGGAGUCUGAAUCUUCCCACAAAGCCAGACUCAUCCAGGAUGGAUGCGGGUAAACGUCCAACCACAGGAGAACCAGUGACAAGAGCUCUGCCUGUUGGAGGUAUACCCUGUGGAGACACAGUCCGGGCUGGUGGCGAGACCCUGGCCAUUUCAGAGGACUCCCCUAGUGUACAGCAAAGCCCAAGGGGGCCCCUGGAUCUGCCAUCUCAAACUCCUGGUGGUGCCUCUGCAGGGCCGGGCAGUGCAGGCACCGCGUUUUCAUCAGCCGUCGGCUGGCAGGAUGGAGAGCCUCCUGCCCUGCCUCAGAGCAGCCUUCCCGGCUCCCUGUGCUCUUAUACCGGCAUUCGGGAGGCAGUGGGUGGCGACCCGGAGGGGGAGGACAGCGAGGCGCCCAGCUGCAGUGAGGGUGAGAACGAGCCCGAGGCCGGGACAGGGCACCUGCUGCAGAGGGCUUCUGGGAAGUGGUCCGGAGCCCCGGGCACCGGGGCAGCCGAGGGCGCGCCUUCCCUGGAGGUGGGGUCCCUGACUUCCGCCUUGCAGGACUUCAACAUCAGUGCUCUCUCGGAGAUGGACAGGCUUUCUACGUCAGAAGUUGUUACGUUUCUUGAGAGUUGUCAGUUAAGAGAUUCUAGUUCGGGAGACUCUGUUUCAGAAUGUUCUAGCAAAGGCACCCUCAAUAAGGAAAUCAACAAAGAAUUAAAGCAAAGUGAAAUACUAGGAGAAAAGUACAGGAAGCAACUCUGUGAAGAAACACCUGAAACCUCAGAAGAGUGGCUGGAGUCUGAGGAAGAUGAUUGUCCUUUAAGGGCCCGUCCGCUCACUCCGUGUUCUCUGGAAACGCUGUCCGAGGUGCUUACCAAGAUUGGGCGGGAGCUUCAGACCUCUGCUGAGGACUCUAAUGGGAAAGAUGCUGGUGAUCUACUGCUCCUAAAUACCCAGGACAGCGUGACAGCACAACAUGUCCUGCCUGAGGAGGCAGCUGGCUCCUUGUCACACUCCUCAGCUCCUGCCCCUCCACCGGCAGGUGCAGACGCCGAGGGCAGUUCCCCAGCUAAGGGUCCCCAUAAUGGCGACAACACCCAGGGCCCGCCUGAGGGUUACUCGUCUGUGUCCAGCCCUGGUGACGGCAGGGAAGAGGCGCUGUCAGAACUGGCAGAGUGCUUGCCCCACUGCACUGACUCAGAAGCGUGCCAGAUGGCUGAAAACGGUGCUGGUGGCGAGGCAGAAACGACCUUUCAGUGUCAGAUAUCUACAGUGACCUCUGAAGUUAUAAACGUGCUUAUCAAUAAGGAUCAAAAUCUAGUCAUUGAGAAAGGAGACAACUGGACCAUCAUAAAUGGAGUAGCUCUUGUGCCAAAUGUGGACCAGGUCAUACUGUGUGAUGCUUCCAGAGAUACACCUGCUUCCCCAGGCGGCGGGAGGCUGGGCACUGAUUUCCUCUCAGUUACUUCAGUGGACAAGUCCCCAGAGAGCAGUCAUGCUGGCCCUGCAUUUCAGGAGCCCCUGGGGGGCAGUAAUCUUCCAUGUCUCCAGGAGGAUAUUUCAGGCAGUGUUCAGAGUACCAACUUUGAUAAAAGUCGCCUGAGGAAUAGACCUGUUAAACCUAGUGUGAGGAUUAGUUCUGAAAUAUAUGAUCAGAACUUUGAUUCUCAGAUUGUUGCAUCUGAUCACACAUAUUAUAACUCGAAACUAGAGCCAUUUGGGAAGAAUAAGAAUCGAUCAAAGAUUUCAAACAAAGAUCAGUCAAACAAACUGGUAAGGACUGUAGCAUCAAGCAGAGUUGAAACUAAUCAGAGUGAAGUUUCUCAGGCAGCUUCAGGAGAAAGAGGAAACACGAAGUCUCAGAGAAGUCAAACCCACACCAUUCUAGCCACCGCUGACACAUCUACUCCCACAGACUGUUCUACUGACACCUUGAGUAAGAUUCGGCAAGAGGUGGGGCCCCCGCUGCCACCCCUACUCGCCCCUUUGGUGGCCACACCUCCAAGGACCUCGCAGCCAGUGUCCCCUCUGAUAGCAACGUCCAGUUCCCCCUCGCCCACCUCUCCUGGUGGCCAGAUCUCCCCACUGUGCCACCUGCCAGUGCCUCCUGUGAUGUCUCCUUUGCUGGAAGAGCCCAGGUGCGCCUCUCCUCUGUGCACAUCUCCUUCACCAUCAGCUGCCCUGGCCGGUGAGAGGAUGUUGUCAUCCCCCUUGCAGUUCUGUGCUGCCACCCCAAAGCACGCCCUUCCCGUGCCUGGCCGCCUGCCCCCUUUUGCGUCUGCCCCUGCUGCUGUGGCGGGGCCCCAGGAGAAUUCCGUUAAAAUCCUUGACACUAUGUACCCAGAGUUAUCGGCUAGGGCCCGUACCCUCAACAUCCUCAAAGGGAACAUUCAGCUCCCCCGAGGCCCGGCUGCAGACUGCAGGAGCCUCCCCGGGCCGGCCAGUGCUGUCACAGGGCUCAAAGCUCUCACUUCAGCAUCAACCGCCUUUGUUAAAACGGGGGGCAGUUCUGGCAGUGACUGUAGCCGGGAUGCAUCCAGAGAUUUCAGCACGCAGCAGGACUCAGGCGGAAAGAGGCUGUUGUCAGUGCCGACACUGAGGAGUGCUAAAAGAUUACGCCUGGACGGUGGGUCCCCGGACCUGGGACCUGGGGGCGCCACCGCGGCAGGGGUCAGCAAGAGCCCCCAGCAGGGCCUCCCCGAGGCCCGAGGUACAAGGACGGAAGAGGACAGGGGCCCUGCAGGCACAGUCAGUGCGGCCACUCGGCUGCCCCCGGGCCCCGGGGACGCCGCGGAGCCCCCCGGCGGAGCCAUCGCCGACGCACUGAGGAGGGUCGCGGAGUCACCCUUCGAUCUUUUGCCGGUCAUUCGGAGUCAUGUGUACGUGGGAAACAUCUCCAAGAAGCCUGUUAUGCGAGAUCAGGAGAAAGAAGUAGUUUACGAGUUUAGCACAACAAAAAAGCAUUUAGCGGAGUGCUUGCUUCACUCUAUUCUCUCAGAAUUGGAGGUUCAGAGGCCAUGCCUAGAGCACAGUUACGCUCAUGCUCUCUGCAGAGUGUAUGUGGGCAUUUGUCGGCAGCUUGGAGACCUGGAAAGGGCCCGCCUGUUCUGCUACAGCCUGCUUAAAGAAGAUUUUCCAGAGUCAGAAAAAUUGACUUUGUUCAUUGCAAACAUGUGGCAUGAUGUAUUUCUCUCUCAGUCAGUGAUUAAUAAAGCGAUGCAGUUAGUGGCCAGGCAGCGUGCUAAAGGAGAGGUUCGCAGCUGUCUGCGGGCCUUCCUCAACUGGGAAAAGAAUGCUCCUGUAGAUGUUGGCUUCAUGGUUUCUAAGCUGCUUUUGACCAUCCAGUUAUGUCCCAAAACAGAAUUUCAGCCCAGCGAGAAGUUUGGGGAAGACCUAAGUGAUACCACUUGGGAGUAUAUAUUUGCUAUUGACCUGCUCUGCUGCCAUCAGAAGUGGAUUUGGACACAUGAUAACAUCAUAAGUAAGGAGCUGUGGCCUGUGAUGGAUAAGUGGAUAAAAUACAGAAAAGGACAUGCGAACAUUGCGUAUACUCCUGAUAUCAUCAUAGCAUCAGUACUAAGGCUGAUUGGUCGUCUAGGCCAGUUGGGUUUGAAGGAAGGGUUUCCAUCUGCUGUGAAAAACAUCAGUUCAGUUAUUGGUAUGUUUAUACAGCAUGCCCAGAAUGAAGAUAUACCAUGGGGUGUACAGCUAGCAGCCGUGUACUCUCUGUGUGACUUGAGCCCCAGCAAUCCCUCGGAAAUAUCCAAGAUUCUCGAAGCCUGGCGCAGAGAGACAGCCCACAGCGUCCCCUCUGCCGUGGUCAGCUACCUGGAGGAAGUUCGUUCUUUGUGUGCAGAGGAGCUUGGCUAAUGUCGUGUGUCUGCAUCGAGAGAAGUGCCUUUACAUGUCUUCCUUAAAGGUAUUUUAACUACAUAUCCAGGAAAAGGAGAACUGAAGAGUAGAAGUCCACUUGCAGGUUUUUGUACCAACAACAUGUAUAUAAACGAUUCAGAGACGAGCGCAGGCAGAUCUCUCUGUGUGCCGUGUACAUAUGACAGUGCUACAAUGUGGUUCACAUUUGAUGCUAUUCCACUUUGGGAAUUUUAGUAUUUGUACAUAGAGAAUGGGUUUAAUAACUCACCGUGGUUCUGAUUUGUCUUAUAUUCAUCAUUUCUUAAAACUCUUGUAUGUGUUUUUUAUAAUAAAAGAUAAAAGUAAAUCA